AUGCUGCGACUGCUAGCCUCUGCGGCGCGGCCGGCCAUACUGAAUAAAACGCGCUUACUUCUGCCUAGUGUGAGAAAUUUUGCAUCAACACCAAGUCGUGCUGGAUUUUGGGAUAAUAUCGUGCCGCUGCUCCAGGGCAAUCGUCGUGAACGCCAGCUGCAACGAAAACAAGGCGGUUUGCUUCAAGAAGAUAUCGACCGUGUGCGGCGUGAUCAACGACGUGAUGAACUGAUGGCAUCGCAAUCUUCUACAGGAGAUAUGUUAAUUGACGAUGCAAUGGAUGCGCCAGAAUUUCGUCGAGAAGAAGUACAGCGCUUGGCUUCAGAAGAGAAGCGUCAAAAGCGCCUGUUGCGCAAGCGUUGGGGUGGAACCUCUGAGCUGGGAGGUAUGGAAAAGCCUGAGCAUAAGUUUAGUACAGCCGUGUUCCGGAUCAGCCCUCGUAAGCUCAACAUGCUUGCAAACCAAAUUUCUGGCAAGCCCAUCGAUUUUGCCAUUCUGCAAAUGCAGUUUAGUGCCAAGCGAGCUGCUCGCCGCGUGCGUGCCACGCUUGUAAUGGCCCGCGAUCAUGCUGAAGCAAAGGGUCUUGACCCUCGUCGCCUAUUGGUGUCGGAGGCGUGGGUCACCAAAGGUAUGUACCAUAAGCGUCUCGAGAUCAAGGGCCGCGGUCGUUUUGGUAUUAUGACACACCCUCAAGCGCGUCUGAGUAUUGUGCUUCGUCCAGGAAAGUCACAUGCCGUUCGUGAACGGGAGGCCAUCGACAAGGCCAGGCUUCAUGCCCGGCGAAUGGGAAGCGGCGGCGUUGUGCGUGGCAGCCCGAAAAUUGUGAACGGAUUCCAACGACCGGGCUGGGCGUGGUAG